AUGAAACUCCCUGAACAUACCUCCAACCAGAGCUUGCGGGUUUUCUAUUAUGGUGAGAAACGAGGCACUGUUGCAGCAGCAACACAUAUUGAUUCCCGAUGGACAGGAAUGGCAAUUUCCUCCAAGCAAUUCCCGGAGCGACGAUUCUCUCCCGAGACGUGGUUGCUGACCUGUCGCUUCCACGACAUCGGUACCAUGGACAAGCACGACACGUUCAUGUCGUUCGAGUUCUACGGUGGCAUUCUGGCUCUGGAUGACAUCACACACGACGACGGUUCAGGAAGAUUGAAAUUGGUGUGCAUGCAGAUACCAUGGAUAUCGAUCCGACCAUGUUCACCCGGAUACCAUCAAAGACGUGGUGAAGUCCAACUGCUUCUCGACCAAGAUUGCGAGGAAAAAUUCCACCAUGACGUUGUACACGACGCCUUGAUGGAACCAUACGAUCGGUUGAUUGAUAUCGGCGUGACCCGGCUCUAG